CAGCGCAGCUUCCACCGACAAUGAUAUUCAAGGCACUUGCGGCUCGUCUGCAGCGAUAGGAGAAAAGAGGAGAGAAAGAGAGAACCUCACCUCCUCAAACAGCGAGUGAGGGUAGGGAAAAAGACAGACAACGACAGAGAGAGUGAGAGGAACAGAAGAGGCUCUGGAGGAAAAUAAAAAAAGGAAGACUACAGCGGCUUGGACCUCCACAGAGGAGUGUUUAAUUUUCUGCGCUUUAUUAUAAAGUGUCUCGUUUCCACACAGAUUCGACAUGUCAUCGUCCGGUAAAGACAACAGCGGUGCCCAACAUGCCAAUUACGUGGGACCUUACCGUUUGGAGAAGACGCUCGGGAAAGGACAGACAGGAUUGGUCAAACUUGGAGUCCACUGUGUAACGUGCCAGAAAGUCGCCAUAAAGAUUGUCAACCGUGAGAAGCUCAGUGAGUCAGUACUAAUGAAGGUGGAGCGAGAAAUAGCGAUUCUGAAGCUCAUAGAACACCCACAUGUUUUAAAGCUACACGACGUCUAUGAAAAUAAAAAAUACUUGUACCUUGUGCUAGAACACGUGUCUGGUGGGGAGCUGUUUGACUACUUGGUGAAGAAAGGCAGGCUAACACCUAAAGAAGCCAGGAAAUUCUUCAGACAGAUCAUGUCUGCACUGGAUUUCUGCCACAGUCAUUCCAUAUGCCACAGGGAUCUGAAACCAGAAAACCUGUUGCUAGAUGAAAAGAACAACAUCAGGAUAGCAGACUUUGGCAUGGCCUCCCUUCAGGUUGGAGACAGUCUGCUGGAAACAAGCUGCGGAUCUCCACACUAUGCCUGUCCAGAGGUCAUCAGGGGAGAGAAGUAUGAUGGGAGGAAAGCAGACGUCUGGAGCUGUGGGGUCAUUCUUUUCGCCCUGUUGGUGGGCGCCUUGCCGUUUGAUGAUGACAACCUGAGGAAUCUGCUGGAAAAGGUGAAGUUAGGAGUAUUUCACAUGCCCCACUUCAUCCCUCCAGACUGUCAGAACCUUCUCCGUGGAAUGAUUGAAGUGGAUGCCUCCAAAAGAUUAACGUUAGAACAGAUCCAGAAGCACACAUGGUACAUAGGGGGGAAGAACGAGCCCGAGCCGGAGCAGCCUGUGCCGAGGAAGGUGACCAUUCGCAGCCUGCCCUCUGCAGACGACAUCGACCCUGACGUACUGGACAGCAUGCACUCCCUGGGCUGCUUCAGAGACAAAAACAAGCUACUGAAAGACCUGCUCUCAGACGAUGACAACCAAGAGAAGAUGAUCUAUUUCCUGUUGCUGGACCGUAAAGAGAGGUAUCCCAGUCAGGAAGACCAGAAUCUCCCCCCUCGCAAUGAGAUUGGUAAGGACGAGGAAAAAUCCCCACGGAAGAGGGUCGACUCCCUGUUGAACCGCCACGGCAAGAGGAGACCUGAGAGGAAGUCCAUGGAAGUCCUCAGUGUCACAGAUGGAGGCUCACCUGUACCUGCCAGGAGGGCGAUUGACAUGACACAGCACGGGCAAAGUAAAUCAGUAUACAGUAAAAGCUUGGAUAUUCCCGACGCCAAUACAAAAUGCAGCAAAGAAGAGAGGUCGCGGUCUAUUAGUGGAGCCUCCUCUGGUCUGUCUACCAGCCCCCUAAGCAGCCCACGGCCUGUCAGAAAGUUUGGUGUUCCGCCUUUGUCCCCCGACAUACUGCAGUCCCCGAACACCAGCCCCUGCCCGUCCCCUGAGCCCAUUCCACAUCGUGCAGGCCCACGUAUCUCUACCCCCAACUCACUCGCUCCAAACAGCGAACCCCUGCAAUCUUUGCUAAACAAGACACAGACACUCCCUGCCAAGACCAGAACUGUCCCCAAGCCCCUCCAAGCCACACGAUCUAACCCGCUCCCAGAAACCUCUCCAGAUCCCAUAUCUGCAAUCAAAUCAGAACCGUCCACUCCCUGCCAACUCCCGUCACAUCCACCCUCUUCCUCUGUUCCCCCAACCCCCACUUCACCAUCUUCCCCAACUCCAAUACCCUCUGCUUCCAUCCCAAAUAGCCCGCAGGUACGGCGCUCCCAUUUUGCCGCCAACCCCCAGCUCUCUGUGCCCUUUAGCCCCGUGGUGCCCCUAUCGCCCAUCCGGCUGCACCAUUUCCACCCUGUGCCGCCGGUUCCUUCUUCCUUCACUGACCAUCCUCCCAAAUCUAUCCCCCUUAUACAGGUUACCCCACACCCUUCCCCUCGGGGCAGCCCCCUUCCCACCCCCAAGGGCACUCCAGUGCACACUCCCAAGGACAGCCCGGCUGGGACCCCAACCCCAACGCCGCCCCCCAGCCCAUCCAUCGGUGGCAUGCCAUGGAGGACGCGCCUCAACUCCAUCAAGAACAGCUUUCUGGGCUCACCACGCUUCCACCGCAGGAAACUGCAAGUUCCCACACAAGAGGAGAUGUCCAGCCUCACACCAGAGUCUUCCCCCGAGCUUGCCAAAAAAUCCUGGUUUGGUAACUUCAUCAACCUGGAGAAAGAGGAGCAGAUCUUCAUCGUCAUCAAAGACAAGCCUCUCAGCUCGAUCAAGGCAGACAUUGUUCAAGCCUUUCUAUCGAUCCCCAGCCUGAGCCACAGUGUGAUCUCUCAGACCAGUUUCCGAGCAGAGUACAAGUCUACAGCCGGCCCUACAGUCUUCCAGAAGCCGGUCAAAUUCCAAGUGGAUAUCACCUACACGGAGAGCACAGCCGCCACUAAGGAGAAUGGCAUCUACUCUGUCACAUUCACCCUGCUUUCAGGACCCAGCCGGCGCUUCAAGCGAGUAGUGGAGACAAUUCAGAGCCAAUUGUUAAGCACACAUGACCAGCCUGGAGUCCAACAGCUGUCUGGCAGCCCAUUGAGUAACUUCUUUGACGUAAUUAAACAACUUUUUUCAGACGAGAAGAACGGCCAGGUGCCCUACCCUUCUGGCACGCCCUCCAAGCACUGCCCCUCGCCCAUGCACGUCCGGAGGCACGAGGCAGAAAAUAAUGACACCAAAUGCCCCGCUGCAGGCAGAGACAGAGCCAAGUUGUCGGUUGCAUCUGUGGGGACACAGGAGGAGUCUUAGACUGAGAUGCUCUGUAGUCGAGCCAGUGCUAGACCCAUCCCAGUAUCACUCUAAGCCAGUGGCACAGAGAUAAUAUUAUAUUCUAUUUGUACAUAACUAGAUGUACAUAAAUCAUUUAUGGACAUUUUUGUAUAAAAAUAACUUUAUAUAGAUAGAAAUAUAUUAAGAAAAUCAAAGUGAUAUUUUACAAACAGCAUAUUGCACAUACAUAACAAACACACACCCUCCUCCCACCACCCUGAUCAUUACCCCUUCAGUGUCCACCAUCAUCAUCCACCCCUCUAUUUUUCCCAGCCAUUUGAACACAUGUGCUCUAUUUUUGCUUCCCUUGCUGCUAACCUGUAUGAUGACCUGACUUGUUUCUGAUACCAGGAAUUAUCCAGAAAACCUAUUAAGUCCCUCCAUGUCCCCUGCUUCGUUCGCCCUCCCUCGUCCAACCCUCAACCCCCCCGAGUGUGCCAACAGAGACGGACAUUUGUUGACGGAGGACUGCUUUUAGAGGUGUGCGGAGGGGGGGACGGGUUACCAUGGAAACAGACCCUUCAUGCAGACUUCUACCUUCAUCUCCCUCUGCGCCCCUUCUUCACCUCUGGCAGCCAUCAGUAGAAGUAGAUGAAAAUACCUUUAGUGUCCCCCAUCUUAGCAACACACACGCACAUACAUGCACACCUCAUCCACACAUAUUCUAACAACACAACAAUGCACACUCUCUAUCUCUAACCAACCUGUCCCCCUUUCCUCUUGUUAAGCUCAGUGAGCAGUCAUUAAUUGGAAACAAGCAUUUCAACAUUUUGCAUACAGAACACAUAAACUGUAUGUACUUGCAUACAUGCACAGGUCCAGUAUGCACAAAAAACUCUGGGAUGUAUUAACAUGAACAUUACAAAACAACAACAAAAAAAGACGACCUGCAGAUACACUGACUGAUUCAGAGGAGGAGAGAAGGGAGAGGAGUUUUGUGAAAGCCCAAACAGCCGACACGGAUGCUUGCUGGAUUGUAUUGUUUGCUUUUUAAUGUACUUUCUUUGUGAAGAACUGGGUUUAAAAUACUGACUUUAUUAGACUUAAUUCUAUUGCUGCAAAUGCACUGGGAUUGUGAUUUCAGAGAGGGGUGGGGGGUGAAAAGAAAUGGGCAGUUGGGGAGAUGAUAUGAUAGUAUAGGGUUUGGGGGAGGGAUGUGGGUGGGAAUGUGGGUAUUUAAAAUGAAUGAUCUAUUCUGUUGUACAGACUGAUAUCAUUUCUUAUGUAAAAAAAAAAAAAGAAAUGUCUAGUUGUGACACUAUGUUUAGAUACCAUAGGGUCAGGUUAGAAAACCUGCGCCUGCCACAUCCUGUUCUUUUAAAUUCUUCUGUGUAUUUUUGUUACAUGAUCAUUUAUGUCUUUGUUUGAUUGACCUACUAAUUAUUCCAACAUUCCUGUUUCCCGUUAAUCUGCUGCAAUUUGUGUUUUGUUUUCCAUUUAUACCUCUCUCUUAGUCUCAACUACCAGCAGUAGGAGUAGAGGAACAAAAAACAAUGACAUGAUAAAUGCAAUUGUGGAUAUUUUUGUAUUUUCAUCCUUAUUUAUUCAUGUACGUUCAUCUCACUGUUUUGAUUUCCUAAUUUAUUAUAACUUGGCUAUUUAUAUGAACAAAGCUGUUAGGUCAGUUGAAUGUUAUUUAUUACCCUCUUGUGUGUUUGUAAAUGGGGCAACAUUUGAAGAAAAAAAAUGAACUUUUUUUUCUUUUGUUUUGGUCUGACUUUACAGAAAUAUGUGAACAUUGACAAGUCUCAAGUUCACUUUUCCCUGAUCUCUCUACAGAGGGGAAGAGGACUUGCGAAGGGAAAUGAUUUACCAGUAAUUUAAGAAUGUAGACUUAGCCUCUUUUUGGAGAGGAAAUAUGCUCUUCUAUUGAUAUUUGUCAGUUUCAUAUUAUUGUGCGUGUAGGCCAGGCCUGAGGAGAAAGACAUCACAGAUCCCAGUCUACUUCUUCUCUUUGUAAAUAUACAGACAAACCAUGGGGGUUGAUUGUCUUCUCAACCAUGCUGGGGAUUCCUGCUCUAUGCUUUUAGCUUGUAUUGCUGUGUGCAUGUCAAACAUGAGCUUUUCUUUGCAUGGCUUUAGUGUUAUUGUUCCAUGCCAAACUCACUCCUUCUCUCAGCCUUCAUUAAUUCUCUCUCCACAAAACUACUUUUAAUGUUCAAUUCUCCCUCUGUCCCUUAUUUUUCACUCUUUGCUUUUAUGUUUGGCCUUUUUUUUUU